GAUCUUUAGUUUAUUAGUGACCAGUAGGCAUAAUCAUGUUGUUAUUGGUGGUCUUUUUAGCCAUAUGUAGUUGCUCAUUAGGGCAAUACCGGCCAAGUCCAAUUAGUCCAGGACAAAUAGUUAGAAUUAUUAGUCAAACACAAGAAGGACCAAACUCUGACGGAUCAUAUUCAUGGAGUUUCGAAACUGAAAAUGGCAUUUCAGCGCAAGAACGAGGUAAACAAAAGGCUAAAGAUCUCCAAGAUGCUGCAGGAAGUUUUCAAUACACUGCCCCAGAUGGCACUCCCAUCCAGGUUUCCUAUAUAGCCGACGAAAAUGGUUUUCAGCCGGUGGGGGCACAUUUACCGAUCUCACCACCUAUUCCGGAAGCCAUUUUGAGGUCGUUGGAGUACAACGCCGCUCAUCCUGAAGAAGACGACGGAAGGGCUUUACCUUUACCAGGAGGUUACAGGCGACCGUGAAGACAUGAUCAUGUUCAAUUAUACCAUUCUGUAACUACAGUUGUUAUCUAGAAACUUUUUAGUAACUUGCUACUCUGAUAUUCACGGUUGUUAUAAAGAUAAUUAUAAUUUUUAUUUAUGGUGUAAAUCAUGCUUCUAACAACUUUCUUAGGAACAGGAG